AUGGAAGUGUGCCGUCUUCAACACUUGCCUCAGAUAGCAGACUGCAUCCCGGUUGUUCAGCUGCCUGAAAUUGAGAGCCUCGUGGCGGAUGUCGUUCUAGUUGAGAACAACAACAAUAACUGUGGCGGCCAAGGGGGGAACAACAACCGCGGUGGGAGAGGUGGUGGCUUCUUCAACAACAAUAACAACAACAACAACAAUGGAAACAAUUGGAAUAACAACAAUAAUAACAACAGCAACGGCAAGAACGUCAAGAAGAACAAGAAAGUCAACUGGUAUCGCCCACUCCUCGACCCCUACGACUUCGAAGACAACUCGACCAGGCUGUUGCAGGGCUGGGGGUUUGACGGCAGCAAGGUCCCGGAGCCUGAGGAUAUAGAGAUGACGGACGCACCUCCGCUGGUGUAUCCCGAGUCAGACGAUGAUAUACUGAUGGGGGGCGUCUCCGAUAACGAGGACCCUGAUACCUCAAGGGGGGGCUGGUCCUAUUUGGAGUCCGAUUCGGAUACCUCGGUAGGGGAUCAGUCGGCUUGUGGUGCACAGGGGCGGAGAUUGUCUGAUUCAGAUAUCUCGAUGAGAAGUUGGUCUGAUUUGGACUCCGAUACUUCGUUUGGAGACCGUUCUGACUCGGUUACUUCAGUGGACGACGAGCAGUCCGACGCAGACGACGCGGAGGGCGUCCGUUUUGAGUUGUACAAGUCGUGUAAAGACCGUCCUGGUACACCAGUUCCCUCGAGGAAAUCAAGCUCGAGUUCGGAAGCCUCGAGCCACUCAUCGGAUCCGGACUACGUCCCAGACGAUGAAGAGGAGGAGGAGGAUGAAACACUCGAGCCAGGGCAACAAGCCCCAAGCGACCUUUUUGGACAGAUGUAA